AAAACAGUACCCAAUAUAAGACGGUCCCAUGAACUGCUAGCAGGUGUUGAUAUUUACGUUCCGUGCAGGGACUAGGUGGUUUCCACAAUUCCAGCUCAAAAAAGAUGGUAGCCUCCAGUGUGGUGAGGCGCCUGGUGGCAUGCCCCCGGCAGCAUGGUAGACGCUCGCUGAGGCAGCAGGUGCGGCAUGUGGUCAGCACACAGGAACCUGAGAUUUUAAAGCAUCAAAUUCUUGCUGAGACAACAGUCAGCAGGGAACACCUCACUCCAGAACUGGCCCUGCACCUCAUUACCCCCACCUGCCGACUCUGGAGGGCACCGCCACAUCUUUCACCAUUUCCAGAUCCAUUCUGGGCCUUCUACUGGCCAGGGGGACAGGCUGUGUCUAGAUUCAUCCUGGAUAACCCAGGGCUGGUAAAAGGCAAGACAGUGCUGGACUUUGGCUGUGGCUGUGGUGCAAGUGGGCUGCUGGCAAAGUCUGUUGGUGCCAAAAAAGUCACCUUCAAUGACAUUGAUGAAGUUGCCAUAGAGGCUGUGCAGCUCAAUGCAAGUAUAAACAAGAUCAUGGUAGAUGAUGUGACCACCACAAACUUAGUGGGGUCAGCUGGCUCCCCUCACCAAGUGGUGCUGGCCGGUGACCUCCUUUAUGACUCCAAGUUUGCAGGGGAGGUGCUCACCUGGCUGCAGGAGGUGAACAGAAGUGGUUCCCUCGUCCUCAUUGGUGACCCGGGAAGGUUUGCACUGGAGGGCCACCCACUCAAGGCCUCACUGCAUUGCCUGGCCAAGUAUGAGCUGGCCCCCACCACCCUCCUGGAGAAUAGUGGGCACCCACAGGCCUUUGUGUGGACUUUCAGCUAGUGGAAAAGGUACCCUAGACUUCCUUUGUGGUGAACAUUUUAAAACAUGAAGUUUAGCUCCUUCAGUCAGGGAUUAUCUGUUCUAUUUGUGCAUUAUUAUCAUGGAAAAUGCAGAAUUCAUGUCUUUGUAGCAAUGUGUUAUAAAAAGCUAGUUACAGAGCCAGUGGAAAGAAGGAGGGACUCCUCUGAUAUUUUUUUUUUAGUUUUUGAAUACUAGAAAGAAACAGUUUAGCAUUUCUACAUAUAUUUUUUAUCAUUCAUUUCUGUUUCAUGGGAAUUGCAGUACAUUUUUAGGAAGUGCCCUUGUGAUAUGUACUCUUAUUGUGCCUUAUAUUGUUAUACUGUUAUAUUGUUGUUAUCUUUCUUAAAUUCUUAAAAGGAUUGGAAGAGGAAGGGGAGAACAAAAUCUUAAGAUAAAAAAAAAGAACUAGUGUAAAAUGUCAGAAAACAACACACACACACACACACACACAUGUGCCCAUGUGCGUGCGUGUGCAUGCACAUGCACAUACGCAAGCAUGUGAGCCUCGGGCAAAGUGAGGGAAAUGGACCCAUGUUCAUCUAGCAGAAAGUUGGAAUGGGAUGUAACACAAGUGGUUAUGACCUCGCUGCCCUGGUGUGUGGUGUAUGAGUGGUCUCAAUCCUACUUAAAGAUCAGCCAGUACAAACUCUGAGUUCUUUCUGUAUGGGAACGGCUGGUUGGGUGACCAGCAGACAACUGUAGGUGAAUGGUACACACACACACAAACACGCACACACACACACACACACACACACACACACACACACACACACACACACACACACACACACACACACACACACACACACACACACACACACACACACACACACA